AUGUCGCAGCCUCUUCCUCCCCCUCCACCACCGCAAUGGGUCGUUGCACUCAACUCGCCCAUGCCCAAACCCACCAAGGCGGCCUCCAGCAUCCCCGACCCGCCCGGGUUUUCGAGCAGCAAAGCCGCAGGCAAGCAGGUGAGAAGCCAUCCCACGCCACCCCCAGAAAAUCUGUACUUACUCGAUCCCUUCUCUCGUCAGCGCGAAAAACAACAAAAGGAUCAGCAGCCCACCACCUCGAAACCCGAAGAAACCGACGCGCUCAAGAUCAAGAAAGCGUGGGAAAUCGCCAUCGCCCCGUCCAAGCAGAUCCCCAUGAACGCGAUCAUGAUGUACAUGUCCGGCAAUAGCCUGCAGAUCUUCAGUAUCAUGAUGGUGUUCAUGCUCUUCAAGGGUCCCAUCCAGGGGUUGUUCAAUACCAAUGCCGCUUUCGCCAAAUUUGACACCGAGUCGACGCGCGCGAAGCUGGUCGGUGUCAAGGCGGUUUAUGUGCUGAUGCAGUUGGGACUGUUGGCUCUGGGGAUUUGGAAGGUGAAUGCCAUGGGUCUUUUGCCGUAUGCUUUUAUCCUUGGUCUUCUUUUGAUGGAACCGAACUGA